GCCAGCCCUCUAUAAGAACACUCAAGCUCAGAAAUUAUAAAUUCAAGAGCCAGUUGAAGUGAGGUUGUUUUUGGACUUUCCAUCGACUCAAAUCUCCUUCUACUUUCCCUUUACGCGCCAUUGAGCACUCUUUCUUGAUCCCUAUCAAGAAUCCAUAGAAACUUAACAAUGUCGACCAGUCUUCUUCUGCCUCUCCUCUUACUUCUUUUAUCCUCCUUUUUUACUCGUUCAAGAAAUCUUGCAGUCCCUCAAGAACUCAACAACUUAUCUCAAAACAUCAUUACCUAUAACAUCCCCGCUAUAUCACCUACUUCUUCUUUAGUUGUUUCCUCUUCAAUCUCUCCAUCUCCAACACCAACAACCUUACCAGUCAGUCCUCCUUUAGUGCCUGCUUUCUUUAUUUUCGGUGACUCUUCUGUUGAUUGUGGCACCAACAAUUAUCUUGGUACUUUUGCUCGUGCUGACCAUAGUCCUUAUGGUAGAGAUUUUGAUACUCGUAAGCCAACUGGAAGGUUCUGUAAUGGAAGAGUCCCUGUUGAUUAUCUUGCAUUGCGCCUUGGGCUUCCCUUUGUACCAAGUUAUCUUGGGCAGAUGGGAACUUUCGAAGAUAUGAUUAAAGGGGUGAAUUAUGCAUCUGCUGGUGCUGGAGUUAUAUUCUCGAGCGGAUCAGAAUUGGGUCAGCGAAUCUCCUUCACGCAGCAAAUUCAGCAGUUCUCGGAUACUUUACAGUCAUUUAUUUUGAACAUGGGAGAGGCUGCUGCAAAUGAGCUCAUCUCGAACUCAGUCUUUUAUAUUUCCAUUGGAGUCAAUGAUUACAUACAUUACUAUUUGCGUAACGCAUCCAAUAUCCAAAACCUGUACCUCCCAUGGAGCUUCAACCAGUUCAUAGCAGCUUCAAUAAGGCAGGAAAUAAAGAACUUGUACAAUAUGAAUGUCAGGAGAGUAAUUCUCAUGGGGCUGCCACCUAUUGAGUACAACUUUGUAAUGAGAUAUAUGAUCGAGGAGCUAGGCCUGAAACUUCCUGAUGCCAAAAUCACCUUCUGUGGUAUGUAUGAAGGUUCAAUGGAUAUCAUCAAGAACCACGAACUUUACGGUUUUAAUGUCACUGCUGACGCUUGCUGUGGGUUAGGAAAGUAUAAGGGUUGGAUCUUGUGCUUUGCAUCGGAAAUUGCUUGCAGCAAUGCAACCAACCAUAUCUGGUGGGACCAAUACCAUCCAACUGAUGCAGUGAAUGCCAUCUUGGCAGACAAUGUAUGGAAUGGCUUGCACACAAAAAUGUGCUACCCCAUGAACUUGGAGGACAUGGUUGCUCCUAGAACCAAAUAACCAGAGGCAGAAGUUA